AUGUACAAGCGCAGCGUCUUCACCUCCGUCACGCCGCUGCCGCCGUACAUCACCCGCGAGAUGGUGGUGCGCACCCUCCACGAACACAGCGAGAUGAUCAAGCUGAACCCCUUGGUCAUCGACUUCAAGCGCUGCUCGCCGCCGUCCCAUGCGCCGGCCGACGAAUUCCACUGCGUCUGGUACGAGCUGACGGACCGCGUGCAGUAUCUGCCCGGCGGCCUGCUGUCCGGCAACGUCUCGUACAAGGCCUGCUUCCACGACCUGCCCGGCGGCCUGCAGACGCACGUCUACGCGCCCACCGGCCUCGACAUCCAGGAGAAAUGGAGCGUCGGCGGCAACAUGCCCGGCGAGCCUCGCGAGACCGUCGAGCUAGGCAUCCCGGGCGCCCCCCGGGAAGGGCUGUACCUGCGCGAGGACGUCAACAUGCGCUGCAACGUCCUGGCGACGGGCUUCGUGAAGAAGACGCUGCGGCGGGCGCACGCGGUGCUGGUCGACCGGCUGCUGCUCAAGGCCGACAUCGACGAGCAGAAGCGCAUGGGAUCCGAGACGGCGACCUCGAUCUCGGCCACCUCGCCGUCGCUGGCGUCGCCCUCGCUGCGGCAGCAGGAGAGGAUGGCGCACUGCUCCAGCUGGGCCAACAGCGUCGAGCAUGCCCGCGGCUCAGUGGCCGUCUCGGAGAUCGACAGCGAGCCGCAUCCCCGUCCUGCGUCCCUUGCUCAGGGCCAGAAUCAAGAGCAGAAGGUCUUUGAGCUCGCUUGA